GCCGACAGAGCUGCAGCUGUGAGUGACGUUUCCGUUUAGAGUCGAGGUGAUCGCUGACGUUUGAUACAGUUAGGAGUUGUGAACUGUACCCAGAGGCGGAGGGCUCUGUUAGGAAGUCAUUCCGGUCUGAAGCACGGCUCAAAGAUGGAAUCUGUCCCUAUUAAAGAGGAAGACAUUGAACUGGAUGCUGUCCACAUUAAAGAGGAAGACAUUGAACUGGAUGCUGUCCACAUUAAAGAGGAAGACAUUGAACUGGAUGCUGUCCACAUUAAAGAGGAAGACAUUGAACUGGAUGCUGUCCACAUUAAAGAGGAAGACAUUGAACUGGAUGCUGUCCACAUUAAAGAGGAAGACAUUGAACUGGAUGCUGUCCACAUUAAAGAGGAAGACACUGAAGUGGAUGCUGUCCACAUUAAAGAGGAAGACACUGAACUGGAUGCUGUCCACAUUAAAGAGGAAGACACUGAACUGGACGCUGUCCACAUUAAAGAGGAAGACAUUGAACUGGACGCUGUCCACAUUAAAGAGGAAGCCACUGAACUGGAUGCUGUCUCCAUUAAAGAGGAAGCAAGCCGCAUUGCCGAGGACGUCAGUGACCUGGGACGCAUCCACGUCAUCGAGGACAGUCCCACGCUGGAAUGGGGGCACAUUAAAGAGGAGCGCGCCAGUCCCUCAGACACUCACAAUGCAGCUGAUUUGGGGCUCAGUGUGGAAAAGCCUCACAUCCCUGGACCGGAGCAGGUGCACAUGCAGGGAGGCGGGUUCGAGAGCGCUCACACGAGGGAGAAUCACAGCAACCCUAACCAGGGCUUCAAAAGACACAUGACUUCCACUGGGAGCAGAUCAGUGGAUCAGGCUCAUGAUGAGGAGCCCCCUCCUUCCUGUCGGAUCUCCAGCACCGGGGCUCAGUACCUUCAGAGGCACGGAAAGAAGGAAGAGCAUCAGUGCACCGAGUGUGGAAAGAGUUUCAGCCAGACAGAGAGCCCCAAACCACACAGAGCGGACACAGGGGACCCCCCUUACCACUGCCCUGAGUGUGGAGACAGCUUCAUCCAGCUGGGAAACCUCCGAUCACACCAGCGCAUCCACACGGUGGAGGUGCAGCUCCGCUGCCCAGCCUGCAGGAAGACUGCCCGGGAUUCAGGACACCUGGGGAUCCAGCAGCAGCAGCAGCCCGCGCCGCGGGAGACUCCGUACAGCUGUCCGGAGUGCGGGGAGAGCUUCAGUGCAGCCGUGGCCCUCAAACUGCACCGCCGCAUUCACACCGGAGAGAAGCUGUGUCUGUGCAGCCUGUGUGGGAAGAGCUUCAGCCGCCUGCAGCACCUGCACAACCACCAGCGCAUUCACAUGGGGGAGACCCCGUACCACUGCCCUGCCUGUGGGAAGAGCUUCAACCAGUCAGGCGCUCUGAGGAGGCACCAGCGCAUUCACACGGGUGAGACGCCCUAUCACUGCAUGGAGUGUGGCAGGAGCUUCAUUCACGGAGGAGCCCUGAACAUGCACCAGCGCCGAGCCCACGCUGGCAAGACCCCCUAUCACUGCCCUGAGUGUGGAGAGGGCUUCAGCUACUCCUACCAGCUCAACGGGCAUGCCUGCACUGUGGGGCAUGGAUAGCCACAGACCAGCAACGUGCACGGUGACAGCUCUCAAGUGAACACUGCUGUCUGUGUGUCAGAUCUCUCCUUUCCAUGCACUGGGGGGGGACACAGAAUCCUUCGUAGUGUUUACAGUGGUUCACUUCAAACAUGUGGCCAGGGUGUGCAAACAGAUCUCCAUGGUUUAGAAAGCCAGCACAAGGAAGCACAGAUUAACCCUUUUAUAUCAGGAUUGCUGUGCCGGGAUCAUUCGCUGUUCGUUACAUUUAAACACAUGCAUAUCAUUUACUGCAGGACUGUGUCAUUAACUGGAGCGAAACAGUUUGUGUCAUUAUCAAAACAAGCCAUGAAAACAAGCCAUGAAAACAAACCACAAGCCAAGCCAGUGGAGACGUCGCUGCUGCCCUGCAGGAUCCCAGGCUUGCAGGCCACGGUGGAGGAUUCAGUGAACCCUGUCUCUCACUUUGCACCCUCGUAGCUCAUGUGUCAGCUGUGUAAUGU